AUGACCAAAAUGACGGCAACGACAACCGGCAAGGCGUCCAUUGCUGGCAAUGUGCAUCAUGUGGUCGGCCUGAGUCCCGAUGUGUGGUAUCUCAUCCUCCAGAAGGUGCCCGACAGAGAGCAUCUCGCCAGCAUCUGUCGAGUUUGCAAAGGGCUCUACCCCCUCGCCACCCAGUUCCUGUACAAAACAAUAACCAUCGGACCCCCAUACAUUGAUUUUGCUACGUUUUGGAAGACCAUCAACGACGAGGACAGAAAGUCAGAGUCUACCAAGUGGGCCGAAAGUCUGGCCCUCGUCCGCCGCCUCACCGCAGACUCCAACCCAAACCAGACACGCGCCGUUUGCAGCAUCAACAUCGAAUCCUUUAUUAGGCACGAAUGGGAUAAGGACGCACUAGAGCUCGGUGACCUCCGCCCCAUAUUCGAGCAGGAGCUUCCCCGCCUCGUCAAUGUGCUCCCGAACCUGCGGCAGGAAAAUGGAUCACGGCCUGUCUUGGGUCUUAUGCCCGCCGUCGUCACCAUCAAAGCCAAAGCCAGCCCGUGGCAUGACAAGCCCGACAAGCCCAACACGCAGCUUCCAGGCAUCCAACAACUAUUCUUCGCCUGUCCAGACCUCAAGUCCUUCUCCCUCUCGGUGAGCAACGAUUACGGCGGCUGCGUAAGACCCUACAUCCACCACUCCGUUACCAAAACCUUCCAGUUCGCGUCAGCCAACAACCACCUGCCAUUCCCACCGCUUGAGUCCCUGUCCCUCAGCGGGUAUGAUAUGGACACAGAACAAGAAUGGCCCCAUUGGCGCGACGGACUGGACUGGUCCCAGGUUAAAACACUCACCCUGGGCCCGAAUCCCCGGUGGGCCGGCGGACCGACCAUGGCCGACCUGCUCCGCCAGUUCAAAGCGCACGCCACUGCGCUGCGCAGCCUGACCGUCCAGACAUGGGCGGCCGAGGGCCACGAGACGUGUCACCCGCUUGAGAGCUUUCUCGCGUCGUUUGACACGCUCGAGGAGCUCACCGUCAAACGGCACUUUGUGCCCGUGCAGAAACUGGCCCGGCAUGAGAGGCUGAAGCGGUUGUGUCUGCACUGCAUUGAGGUGCCUAGGCCUGACGGGGCUGGUCGUCCAACGUUUGGUGUAGAGGAGCUAGUGCUGCUUGAUAAAAGUUGUCCGGAGUUGGAAGAGCUUGAGAUUGACAUAUCCCGGGAUGCGUCCGGAGAGUGGCCAAGAGAUAUACUAAAAGCGCUGGCGGGUUCGUUCUCCAAUCUGCGACGCCUGACCCUGCACUGCGAGGUCGGCCUCGAGUUUGACUGGUCCCGGCGGCAGGACAAGCCCUACCUUCCGCUGCUGGAUGAGGCCUUCGUCCGGGCCUUUGCCGAGCCCUUCUUUGCCUUGCGCGGCGCCGGGUCUAAGUUGGAGAGGCUCACCAUCAAGACGGGCGAGACUUUGCGAAGGUUUCCCCAGUGGCCGCCUGGAUAUGAAAGGUUGGAGAAGCAGUCGACGCGAUGGUUUGAUGCAUGGCUAAAGAACACUGAUGGAGAGGUGAAAGUCAAAAAUGUGACGCCAUUUAUUCUGGUGUGGUGGGCUGCUGGUGGCAAGUGAGAUAUAGAUUCUUUGUAGAAGGUUACUACUUCACUCUUGCCAGGUGCCCCUAGAACUGCGUGACUAUGUGCUGUUGGCGCGGCGAUGGAGGUUGGCGAGCCCUGAAAGGGGGCAUCUUUGGCACAUACAGAAACGGACCCCUGACACCUCUAGAGUCCUUGAAUCGCAGAGACCUCGAACAAGGAAAAAAAGGACCCUUCCCUACAAAAAGCCUUGAGGAGAAUGUC